AUGAACAAUUAGAGCUAACCAAAAGGAUAUAUGGGAGGUCCAUAUAUAGGAAAUAUUUAUGGAUAAUCAUAAUAACAGGGAAAUUAAUAAUUCAAAGACUUAUUUUAAACUUUAGCAAAGGAAUUCUAAUAUAAUAUUGUAAAAGCACCUAAUGAUUAUACACAAUCUGCUAUUGUGAUGUUAAGGAAUUUUUAGAUAAGGAUGUAUUGUAAUGCUCUAUUUUAGUGAUUAGAAUUAUAAUAUUGGUAUACCUCCAACUUGUUCACUCAAUAACGCUCCAUAUGAUUACACAAAAUUUUAUUAGUGGAAUAAUAAUUCAACUCAUCUUGCAUUAGUCCAUGCUAUCUAAGAUUAAUUAGAACUGCAAUUAAAAGUUCUAAACAAGUACAUGUUAUUAAUAUAUUUGCAGUCCAAUUGUAAAAGAGUAUUGUGAAUUUGUUACUUCUCUUCAUGUAGAUGAAUGUGUUAAUAGAAUUAAAAGUAUGCCAUUAUCUUAGAUGUUACCCAACAUUUAAGUGUCAGAAUAUCAGCAAUGGAUGAUUUCAGAUGAAAAACAAUAAGUUUUAAAGGGAAAUCUAUCACAGAUCUAAGAAUUAAAGAAUUUAAAGGAUAAAAUGCUUUAGUAUGUUUAAUAAAAUGAAAUUAUUGCUGGUAAGAAUAUAAAUGUAAUAAAAUUAGGAUUAAUUGAGGCUAAUGAUUAAGAAAUUAAGACAAAAAUAGAAAGAUUAUUUUUUAGAAAUAAUUAACUUGAAGAAGAAAAAAAGAAUUAUUUAUAAUUAUAAAAUAGAAGUAGGACAUUGAGUGAACGAUUUUAAGAUUAUAAAGUGAAUGUCUUAUUUUAACAAAUUUGUGAAAAAUAUGAUGAAUUAUCUGACAAAUUAUUGGAAUCUGAAUAAAAUGUAGAUUAUGAAGAUUGUAAUAUAAUUAUAAUAUAAAAUUAGAGGCUAACCAAUAUUUUUAAAAUAGAAGAAAGUAUCAAAAGACAUUGGCACUUUCAGAGAAAUUCAGACAAAUGAAAUAGAUUUGAU